AUGCCGGCGAAACGCGCGCGCGAGGCGGCGUCGCGAGGCGAUGCGGCGUCGAACGACGACGCGAAUCUCGCGCGGGCGAUCGCCGGCGCGCGCGCGGCGUCGCUCGCGCGACGGGAAACGACGUGGACGGACGAACGAUGCGACGGCGCGGCGGCGCCGGGCGCGAGGCGCACGGAGAUCAACUUUCCGGGGUCGAGGGAGGAGUACGAGGAAUUGCUGCUGACGCUCGGCGACGGCGACGCGGCGAGACGCGCGGCGAAUGUCGAGAAAAAAUUGCGCGCGCGCGAGGGCGAAGCGGGAGAGGACGACGCGGACGACGCGUGGACGGUGGCGGCGGUGAUCGUGCCGGAGAAUGGGCGCGCGGGCGAGGAGGGGGGGGGGGAGGGCGCGGCGCGCGACGGGAGGUGGGUGCAGUCGCACGACGCGGAGAGCGACGCGUUUUAUUAUUUUCACUCGGUGACGCACGAGACGACGUGGGAACGGCCGAGUGGGGUGGAGAUCGUGCCGGACGAGACGGCGGCGGCGAAGAUGGCGGCGGAGGCGAAGGCGAAGGAGACGAAGGCGAAGGAGGCGCGAGAACGCGCGUUCGCGGAAGCGCGCGCGGACGCCGACGUCACGACCGACGCGUUGGACGCGUUGAAGAAGCACACGUCCGUGGACGUCGCGCGCGUCAAGUUGCCGGGACUGAAGAGUUGGUAUUACGAAGAUGAUUCGGGGAAUUGGCAGGGGCCGUUCGCCGCGACCGAGUUGAUGGCGUGGCGAGCGAUGCUUCCCAUGGAGCUUCGUCUCUUCGAGCACGGUGACGAAGAGGCCGAGACGACGCUCGCGAAUGUGCUCGGUGACGCGCCCCUGCUCGCGCAGUGCGCCGCGCUCGGGGUUGUUUUACCCCCGCGGUCGACGGCGGCGCACGCCCAAGCCGCGCUUCGCGAGGCCAAGGGCUCGGCGGCGCUUCCAGAGGACGAAGCAGAAGAGGAGCCUCGAGCGCGAAACGAUUGGGAACGGGCCGUCAUGGAAGGCUUACCUCCCGAGCGAGCGAUCAUGAGCGGCGCCGAUCCCGCCGAAGUGGCGCGAAAAGUGAUCGAAAAACGCGCCGCCGAUUUGGAAGCGUCGUACGCUUCCACGGGCGUGUACAACACCAUGCUGCAUAGAAUUACAGACGCAUCGACGAUUGCGAAAUCGACGUCGGUUUAUAGCGACAUAGGAUUAGACAAUUACGUGGACACGACCACGCUCGACGCGGCGCUGCACGAGAUGAAGAAUCGCAAGCACGUCAAGUUGACCCCAAAGCAAAUCGCGCGACUCAAGGAGCGCAAACGCAAGCUCAAAGACAAGUUCAACAACGAAUGGUUGCGAAGAGACGAUUGA